UGUCGAGGCACCCACAUUAAAAGAAGUGACAUCGCAUAUCAAAGCCAUUUUAUGGCUAUAGAUCAACUGACUUCAACUGUGCGUUGCAAGGACGAUGACUCUACGUGUACAACUCCUCGCUCUGUCUACCAUUCUCUUUAUCCUGCAAGCAACUCCAAGUCACUCCGCAAAGACAAACACAGUAACAGCAAACUGCGACGUUUUGACAGAUGUCUGUACCAACAGCCCACCGGACGUUUUCGACAAUCUCUGCAAGAGAUGGUGUGUAGAAUGUAUGGAAGUUCCAGAUGUCAAGUACGGAGAGUUCGAAUUCGUUGGUGAUACUACCUCUAGGGCCAAUAGAACCGCCGCCAGAUCUUGCCCUAAAAGACGACUGUACAAGUACAUCAAACGACCUCAACUUUCAGCUGCUCCCCCUGCAUGUCAGUCGCUAUGGGCCAAUGAAGAACAAUAUCAAUGUCCACCUACAACAAGACAGAAGGCCACCACUGUUCUAAAUCUUAUAUUUAGACGCUUUGGACCAUCUGAUUCCACCUCUCAACUACCAACAAACGAGUCCAGUAAAGAUACCACAGAAGAAUCACAUGACAAUGUAAGAAAUCGCCGGCAACCUCAAGACUGCAGUUUUACAGAUCCUAUCGACCUCGCCAUUCUAUUGGACGCUUCAGGCAGCGUUGGCGCCAAGAACUUCAACUCGACUAUCAAUGAUGUGGCCUCGCUGGUAGAACACACUUGCAAUGGCUUCACAUGUGGGACUCCAGAAAUCCAAUUCGCUUUAGUGACAUUCGACAAUAGUCCUGUCACCGUGUUUGACUUCAACUACUCCGCAAGUAAUCACCACAGCCGCAGAGACAUAGUUGAUAGCAUACUGACAACCAAUUACACUGGCGGUAACACUGGCACACGUGCCGCUCUGCUACACAUCAGUAACGCCAUUUUCAAUGAGAGCCAUGGUAUGAGAAAAAACAGUACAAAAAAGCUUCUUAUACUAACUGAUGGAAAACACAAUGUUGGAGGUAACCCUCAGGAAGUGGCUGAAAGCUUGCACCAGCGACCAGGCAAAGAAUCAAUUGACGUCUUCGCCAUUGGCAUAGGUCGUAAACUAACAUAUCACAGACUGAGGAGUCUCGUUCACAUCAAAGUACUCAACAGAAUCCUCCCAUUCUUAAGUUAUUACUCAUUCAGUGAGUUUUCACGAGGAAUCCGGUUGGUUAUUGCAGAUGCCAAAUUAAGCAAAGACGCAUGCUCUUCAACGUCCGUCAAAAAAUGAGCACUGUAUGAAUAUGAAAAGUGAACAUGAACGGUGCAUGUUAGUCGUUGGUUGUGACCACUACAAGUGGACUAUGUUUUGUUGGUGUGGCAUUGCAAAUUUCCUGUGACAACACAAGUCCAAGUAAAUGUACCAUGUCAUGGUCUAUAUACUCUCUCUAGAUCAAACCGUUCAUAUAUCUUACUGCAAUGGUAAUAGAAUGUUAGUAAGUUGUGACUUCCAAGUUUGAGUCAACGACUGCCACAGUCUAGACGAGUAAAUACUACAGUACUGAAAA